AUAUCAUACAGUAGUAGUGGUCGAAGUCAACUAUAGUCGGACUUGCCUAAACCCUUUCUUGCACAACAUCUCCCUGCCAGCCUGAAUCAUCUCCAUCGGCCAGGUCCGAAACGAUACAGAAUGUAUACAACUCCCAGACGUUCCCCAAAGGCAUCCCCGACCUCUUCCCCCGCUUCAGCCUACUUCAACUCGCCCAAUGAUCCAUCUGCAUCCCCAUCAGCUCAGCUCGGGCGCGGUCGAGCGGGGAACGCCGGGUCGGGGGUGUUGUUGACAGAUUGGCCGAACGACGCGAAGGUGGAUGGACUUCCCCCUCCCGCCUUUGGGGUCAAGACUAGGUCGAUGAAGCUCGCCGAGAAGAGGAUCGUCUCGGGAUCCAACCUCUCGCCUAAGGAAAAGAAGGAUUCGGUACGGCAUCCAGAGUCAAAGGAUGGCAGAUACGACGACAUCAACGAAGAAGAUGACGAGGAGAAUGAUGAAGAAGAAGAAGUGGUCGACGGGUUGAUCGAGAGGAUGCAGAGGAACAUGAGAAUCGUCUCGUCUACCUCGACGAUCAUGGCGAGACCAAGGAUGAGCGAGGUGGAAGCGGACGAAGUGGAUGGAGCACUCGGACAGGUUCCUGAAGAGAUUGGUGGAACGCAAGAGGAGAGGAGUCCUGAUCAGGAGAUUUCGAAGGAGGAACCGAGCGACCGCGAAGCUGCACCAGGCAGAAAGGCACUCAAAUCGCUUCGCCAACCGGCUAUUCAACCCCGGAUGAACAAGUCCACCCUAGCUCGGCUCAACCCUACCACACCUGCCACUCGUCCAGAAUCGCCCCGUGGAGACAUGACCACCCCGUCUCGUGCGACAUCCCGCAGACCGGCCUCUGUCGCCGUCUUCAGACCGAGUGACAUACCUGCCAAAGGAUCAGCGAGUUGGAAUGUCGGCAUGGAGACGCCUAGGAGGAAGGUACAGACGAGCGAUGGGGUCGAAGGGGGGAACAAGAGGCUAUCUACAGUGAUCACUCCUGCAAGCCUCAGACCGCCUGCUAUCGUGAGCUCUCUCCUCUUUUCCCUUGUACGUCAUCUUGCUGUAGUUGACGAUCCACUUCCGCUUAUCAUAGACGCCACGAGCUACCCGCGCCUCUGACCUGAGGGUGACGAUGAUUAAGGACCCUUCCUACUUUUCCCCCACGGUAGACGAUCGGUCAUCUUCGCGCCUAUCUGGGCUGACGAAAGAAGAGAUCAAGCAGAGGGAAGCCAAGAUCUUCGAGGGAACGCCUGGGCAUCGGAGGAAUCUGAGCUUAAAGCACGAGCUCUGGAGCUUGCGACCGGCCGUAAGCGAAAAGAUUCGGUGGGCUGACAGGUGAAUGUGCGCUCGAGCUAAUUUGAUGAUCUGUA